AUGAGUGAGUCUACAAAUAAUUUACAGUUGGCAGAAGAUCUAUUUGGGUUAAUUGAACAAUCAGCAGUGUUCUUAACUGAUUCUCAUAAGCGAAUGACUACAUGGAUGAAUGUAACAGGAGAGAAACAUUCUGCACAUGGAAAACUCUAUCGCUUACAAAAAAUUGGUGCCACUAGGUGGUGGAGCAAAGGAAAAGCAUUGUCUUCUAUCAUGGAUGUACAGAUAGUUGAAGAUAGCAAUAAAGUUGAAAAUAGUAAGUUUGUCACUUUACUAGAGUUUUUAGUUGCAGUCUGCAAAGGAAACUUUAAUGUUCAGACUAAAUACAUGGCCAAAUCUUUAAUAACUAAUUGGUCGAAAUUUGAAAUAAUAUUAAUUUCUAAUUUGUUGCUUGAUAUAUAUGCAAUAACAAGUCCUGUAUCAGUGUAUUUGCAAACUAAAUCAAUUAAUUAUUUACAAGCUUGGAAUAUGAUUGAAACUUUACAAAAGAAAAUUGAAAAAAAAAGAAAUGAAAAUUACAUAAACUCUUUGUAUACAAAAUGCAAAUCAUUUGCCGAAAAAAUUAAUUUAUUUUUUGAUGAAGAAGACCUCAUAGAUAUUCAAGAAGAUUUUCCUAUUAAGCGUAUUCCAAAAAAAAAAACUUUAUCUGGAGAAAAGUGUUCAGAUGAAGUUAGAAUUAUAACACCUUACACAAAAUUUAAGUCAAAUGCUUAUUCUAUUAUAGAUACUAUUCUUAAUAGCAUAAAAUCACGAUUUGUACCUAAUGAAAUGUUAUUAAAAGAUUUAAAUUGGCUGGAUCCUAAAACAUUUGCUUUUAUUAAUGAACUUGAACAAUUUCCCAAGGACUCGUUGAACACAAUAUGUAAACUAGCAGAUUUAGACAAAGAGAUCAUUGCAAUUGAGCUAAAACAGUUUGCUUGUCAGUAUAGUAAUUUCAUACCAGAUGUAUCUAAAAAUGAUUUUCGCGAUAUUAAAUCUAAAUCUUCUAAAAUUAUAUAUAUUGAUGAAGAUGAAGAUAUUGAAGUUAAACCCACCGAACAAAUUAAAUGUGACAAAUGCACUAAAUGUCUUCACUGUGCAUUGAUUUUGCUCCAAGAGCUGUCAUGUCAAUCUAAUUUAUUUUGUAAUUUGUUCACAUUAUAUAAAUUUGUGUUGCUAUUACCAUCAACACAGACUACCUGUGAAAGAGUAUUUUCAAAGCUGAAAAUAAUCAAAACUAAACUUCGGUCUUCUUUACACCAAGAACAUCUUAAUCCAUUAAUGCUAAUGUCCAUUGAAAAGGAUAUUUUGAUUGACUCAGAUGAGUUGAUUGAUACGAUUGCUAACUCAUCUAGUGAACUAAAAAAAUUACUGAUAUAA